AUGACGUGGAAAUUAGUGUGGUUGUGUGUACUUGCUUUGUCUGUUUCUAAUGUCAUCAAUAUUCAAGCCAGACGGGUUCGCAACCAUGUCAGCAGCAUCUGCAGCACAUGGGGCAGAGAGCACUUCAAGACCUUUGACGGUGAUGUUUACCAGUUUCCUGGUAUGUGUGAAUACAACUUGGCCUCUGACUGCCAUGACUCUUACCAGGAGUUCUCGGUGCACAUGAAGAGGAAGGAGAAUGAUGGAGACGCUACAGUCAGUUAUGUGGUGGUUACCAUCAAUGACCUUUCUUUCCACCUCACCAAGAGCCAGGUCACUGUGAAUGACCAUCUUGUCAAGAUGCCAUACUACAAUGCUGGGGUACAAGUGGAAAAAAAUGCUGUUUACAUCAAGCUCCAGUCCAAAGUUGGCAUUACUGUCAUGUGGAAUGGUGAUGAUGCAGUCAUGGUAGAGGUGGAUCAGGAUUAUGCUAAUCGUACUUGUGGACUUUGUGGAGACUUCAAUGGUGUUUCUGUCUACAAUGAGUUCAUUCAUAAUGGCCUCAAAAUUAGCCCUAUUGAGUUUGGCAACAAACAGAAAGCCCACCGUCCAAACGAUGAUUGUGAGGACCCCUAUGAACAGGAGGAUGAAUCACCAGAGAAACAGACUGUGCGGGAUUCUUGCAAGGAGUUUCAAACCACCUGUAAACAGAUGCUACAUUCAGAGUCCUGGAGCUCCUGCACCAAACUGAUUAACCCUGAGCCUUACAUCCAAGCCUGUGUGCAGGACAUGUGUGGCUGCAUCAACAGUACAAAUGACUUAUGUGUCUGCAGCACACUGUCUGAGUUCUCUAGACAGUGUUCCCAUGCUGGAGGACAGCCUCCCAACUGGAGGACACCUCAGUUCUGUGCUAAACAGUGCCCGUCCAACAUGGUUUAUGAAGAGAGUGGUUCUCCUUGCAUGGAUACUUGCACACACUCGGACACAAGUUCACUGUGUGAGGAUCACAAAAUGGACGGCUGCUUCUGUCCUCCUGGAACUGUGUUUGAUGAUAUUUCCAUGAGAGGGUGCAUUGCUCAAUCUGAAUGUCAGUGCAAGCAUGACAAAAUCUAUAACUCUGGUGACGUCUACCGACAGGGCAGAAAGAAUUGUACAUGUUCUGAAGGAAGAUGGGUUUGUGAGAGCCUUCAAAUACCUGCCACAUGUGCUGUUGAAGAGGGUUCACAUGUAACUACCUUUGAUGGGAAAACUUUCACCUUCCAUGGAGACUGUUAUUACACCUUGGCCAAGGUGGAAAACAAGAAUGAUGCUGGUCCAAAGUUCACCAGCCUGGUGCAGUUGGCACCAUGUGCAAACCAAGAGUUUGACACUUGUCUUAAGGCCCUUAAAAUCCUGCUGAACAAUGACAGAAACAAUGUAUUAAUGUUCACUUCUGAUGGGGCAGUAAAGCAGAAUAUGCAGACCAUUAGUUUGCCGUACCACUCAGGUGACAUCAACAUAUUCCACGCUUCAUCCUUUCACAUUUUGCUCCAGACAAGUUUUGGAUUGCAAAUUCAAAUCCAGCAUGUACCUGUCAUGCAAGUGUAUGUCAGCCUGGACCAGAGCUACAAAUCAAAGACACGUGGUUUGUGUGGUAACUACAACAUGAUCCUGUCUGAUGACAUGAAGACUCCUCAGGGGAUUGUGGAGGGAACAGCAGCCACUUUUAGUAACUCCUGGAAAACUAACCUCAUGUGCCAAGACAGAGAGGAAAGACUUGAUGACCCCUGUUCCCUCAGUGUGGAAAAUGAGGGAUACGCCAAACAUUGGUGCGCCUUGCUAAUAAGUCCAAAUAGUACCUUCACGCAGUGCCAUUCAGAGGUGGAUCCUGAGAUGUAUUACAAGCGGUGUAUUUAUGCAACCUGUAACUGCGAGAAGAGUGAGGCCUGUCUGUGUGCCGUCUUGUCCUCCUAUGCACGAGCUUGUGCAUCUAAGGGAGUGUUCUUGACAAAUUGGAGAGACAAUGUGUGUGAUAAAUACACAAGGAGCUGCCCAGCAUCUCAGACCUUCUCUUACAAGCAUCAGAGAUGCCAGUUGACGUGUAGAUCACUGGGCUCAGAGCAGCAGAGCUGCACUUCUGACUUCUUGCCUGUGGAUGGCUGCUCCUGCUCUGAGGGUCUCUACCUAAAUGAAAAUGGCAAAUGCGUCCCCAUGGCAAAAUGUCCCUGCUACCACAACGAAGUCUACAUCAAGCCAGGAAAGUCCAUAAACAUGAAGGACAAGCACUGUGUGUGCACUAAUGGAAAGCUUCAUUGCCGUUCUUGGGGACCCCACUCAUCAAUGUUCUUCAACUGCUCCACUGCUGGCAAAGGAGAGCUUGGACUACAGUGUGCUCGAACUUGUUUAAAUCUGGACAGCGAUGAUUGUGACUCCACAGAGUGUAAAUCAGGCUGUCGCUGUCCAUUAGGCCUUGUUGAUGAUGGCAAAGGUUCCUGUGUGAAAAAACAUGAAUGUCCAUGUCAGCAUGAUGGGCAUCUCUAUAUGCGUGGAACACAAAUUCCUAAGAAGUGCAACACCUGUACCUGCAAAAGUGGAAAAUGGGAGUGCACCGAGAAAAAAUGCUCAGGAACCUGCAUUAUUUACGGAAGUGGUCAUUACACUACAUUUGAUCAACAAACAUAUGGGUUUCAAGGACAUUGUGCCUAUGUUGCUGUCAAGAACAAAUGUGGCAAUAAAACAGUGCAGGACAACUUUGGAGUUAUCACAGAAAAUGUACCAUGCGGCACUACUGGCACCACAUGCUCCAAAACUGUCCGAAUCCAACUGGGGCAAAAGGAAGUUAAACUGUCAAAGGGUAAAUAUGAAGAGACGGACCUGGGAUAUGGCAGUCAGAUUCAGUACAAAAUAAGAAGGGUUGGCUUGUAUCUGGUCAUAGAAUCUUCCAUUGGUCUGGCAGUGAUGUGGGAUCGCAAAACAACUGUUCGCAUCCUGUUGGAACCACAGCACAGGGGAGAGGUAUGUGGCUUGUGUGGAGAUUUUGAUGGUGAUGGACAGAAUGACUUUACCACCCAAGGUCAGCUGACAGUGAGCAAUCCGUUAGAAUUUGCUAACAGCUGGAAAGUGUCCAGCACUUGCCCAGAUGUGGAAGCGAAUGUAGAUCCUUGUGGAGCAACACCCAAUCGACAUCACUGGGCAAAAAUGAUGUGCAGCAUUAUAACUGGAGAUACGUUCAAAAACUGCCGCAAUAAGGUAGAUCCUCGUCCAUUUUAUGAUAACUGUGUGAAAGAUUCCUGUGCCUGUGACACUGGAGGAGACUGUGAAUGUUUCUGCUCAGCAGUUGCAGCUUAUGCUCAAGCUUGUAAUGAGGCUGGUGUCUGUGUUGCAUGGAGAACUCCAGAAAUCUGUCCUGUCUUUUGUGACUACUACAAUAACCCGGGUGAAUGCAAGUGGCACUACAAUCCUUGUCACACACCUUGCUACAAGACCUGUUUGAAUCCACAAGGAAAUUGUAGCAACCCUAUACCCAACCUGGAAGGCUGUUACCCUGAGUGCCCAGUGGAUACGCCCAUAUUUGAUGAGGAGAAGCAGAAAUGUGUGGAGGAGUGUGAACCCUCUACUACAACUGAGGGCCCGACCACAACAGAGGAGCCAACCACAACCACAAAAUCUACAACCCCAACCACCUUACCUCCUAUUACAACUGAGAGGCCGACGACAACCACAAAAUCUACAGCCCCGUCCACCGUACCGCCUACUACAACUGAGGUGCCAACAACAACCACAACGACAAAAUCUACAACUUCGCCAACAACUCAAUCGACUACUUCUGCCACUACUCGGUGUACUCCAACGUGUGAGUGGUCAGAAUGGUAUGAUGUAGAUAACGCAAAAGACAAAAGUGACUUGGAAACAUAUGAGAAUAUCAGAAAUAGUGGUAAUGAAAUAUGUGAAAAUCCAAAUGAAAUUGAUUGUAGAUCAGCAGCUCAACCUGACAUGGAUUUCGAUGACUAUUUGAGUGAAACUCACCAAGUUGUUUCCUGUGAUGUGAGAUAUGGCUUAAUAUGUAGAAAAGAGGACCAGAUAAGCCGUCCAUUCAAGUGCUUCAACUAUAAGAUCAGAGUUUGCUGUGAGGUAUGUCGAACCACAACCGCACCUACUACCACAACCACAAAAUCUACAACCCCGACCACCGUACCUCCUACUACGACUGAGGGGCCAACCACAACCACAAAAUCUACAACCCCAACCACAGGACCUCCUACUAUGACUGAGGGGUCAACCACAACCAAAAAAUCUACAACCUCGCCAACAGAACCCCCAACUACAACUCAAGGACCAACCACAACCACAAAAUCUACAACCCCAACCACCUUACCUCCUAUUACAACUGAGGGGCAAACCACAACCACAAAAUCCACAGUCCCGUCCACUGUACCUCCUACCACAACAGAGGGGCCAACCACAACCACAAAAUCUACAACCUCCACCGCCGUACCUCCUACCACAACAGAGGGGCCAACCACAACCACAAAAUCUACAACCCCGACCACCGUACCUCCUACUACGACUGAGGGGCCAACCACAACCACAAAAUCUACAUCUCCAACCGCCGUACCUUCUACUACAACUGGUGGGACAACCACAACCACAAAAUCUACAACCCCAACCGCUGUACCUCCUACCACAACUGAGGGUCCAACCACAACAGAGGGGCCAACCACCACCACAAAAUCUACAUCUCCAACCGCCGUACCUUCUACUACAACUGGUGGGACAACCACAACCACAAAAUCUACAACCCCAACCACUAUACCUCCUACUACAACUGAGGGCCCGACCACAACAGAGGAGCCAACCACAACCACAAAAUCUACAUCUCCAACCGCCGUGCCUCCUACUACAACUGAGGGGCCAAUCACAACCACAAAAUCUACCACUCCAACCGUCAUACCUCCUACUACAACAGAGGGGCCAACCACGACCACAAAAUCUACAUCCCCAACUGCUGUACCUUCUACUACAACUGGGGCCAAUCACAACCACAAAAUCUACUACCCCAACCGUCAUACCUCCUACUACAACAGAGGGGCCAACCACGACCACAAAAUCUACAUCCCCAACCGCUGUACCUUCUACUACAACUGGUGGGACAACCACAAAAUCUACAACCCCAACCGCUGUACCUCCUACUACAACUGGUGGGACAACCACAACAGAGGGGCCAACCAUGACCACAAAAUCUACAUCUCCAACCGCUGUACCUUCUACUACAACUGGUGGAACAACCACAACCACAAAAUCUACAACUCCAACUGCUGUACCUCCUACUACAACUGA